AAGUGAGGGUUUGUGAGAUCGGCGGCGAGAGAUGGCGGCGCCGAGGGAGAAGUCCGCCGCGGCGACCUCGUCGGCGGCGGCGGCGGAUGCGGCGGGGGCGGGGGGUGGAGGGGAUCGGUGGGGCGCGGCGGUGGGGAACCUGACGGAGCUGGGGGCGAACGUGGCGGCGCUGCAGAGGCUGCUCGCGAAGAAGGCGGUGUUCGUCGACGAGGACAUCUUCUCCAAGGCCUCCCUCGCCGCCGACCAGGCCCGCACCAUCAAGAUUCUUGACCAGAGGGUGCAGUCGCUGGAACGUGAACUAGAUGCUGCCAUUUCUGCUGCUGCCCGAGCUCGUACAGAGAAACGCCAAGCUGAAGCUGCUCAACGAGCUGCGGAGUUACGUGCGCAGGAAGUGACCAAGGAAUUGGAGAACACUGCAAAAGUGUUCAAGCUACACAUGGAAGAGUUGCGGGCAAAGCAAGAGGAGAUUGCAAAGAAAGAAAGUGAUAUCAAGGUGUUAGAAGCAAUAAUUCGAACCCUGAGUAACAAAGAUGAUGGGGGAUCCAGCGAAUAAUUUCCAUUCAGUAGCAUUGUUUUUUUUUUCAAUGGAAUUUACAUGUUCAAGUAUAUCAUCCAUGUAUUAAUAUAAGCCCUUAGGUAACAGAUUAUUGUAAAUGUUCGCAACAGGACAUCCAAACAGAUUGAAGAUGAACAUUACAACUGAUAUGCUUGACUGUUCAUCUGCCACUGCCCAGCCCUACUACACCUAACUUGCUGCUGGAGGGUCUAACUGACUAUUGGAAACAAAGUAUUGGUUCUUAUUACUAUGCAACAGCUAGCAAUCAUCAAGGAGAAGAUGCAGCAUUUGAUUCCUAGUAAAGUUGGUGGUUUAUUCAUCUCUUUUUUCGAGAUUGGAUCCUUUAUAGUUUAUUCACAUCAAAGUUUGUGGUAUUCUUAUGCUUGUAAUUUAGUUUGUUUCCACUGGGAUCCUGUAUUAUGCUUAAGAGGAAUACCCAGCGAUAUUAUGCUUGAGAAGAACUGACAGACGAUUGCAAUUUGUAUACAAGCUUUGUACAACAAAUUGAUACUGUCA